AUGCCCCCAUCUCAUGUUAUCAUCACUCCGACAAAGUCUACCCACCAAGGAGAUGGCAACGGCGGACUCUCGGUAACCAAACAGAUGCGCAACAUCCUGGACCAGCCUGGCUACCUAUCCUUCGAAAUGGGCGGCGAAACUCUUCGAGUACUUUAUAACGACAUAUCCUCUUCCUUUGACCGUCAAGAGCUCACUUAUUUCGGACUAUGCUGCUACCUGGGAGACUACCUCAGAGUCGUUAAGUUACUGAACUGUCAAUUCAUGAAGUCGAAUCUGGAGACACCUCCUCCCUCGAAAGUACAGAGACGCCAUACAGCCAAUCCCCAGCAUAUCGACGUCCUCAAAUAUCUCAUAUCCCGCGGCGCGCCUGUAGACCUUCCAGAUAUCACUGGAUGCACUGCCCUAUCCCACGGAGCCAUGAACCACAUGGCGAAACUCGACAUAGCUCGGGUCCUUCUGGAAUCUGGGUCAGAUCCCAAUCAGCGUAACCGCUACGGCGAAGUCCCUCUACUCGGAUGCUUCCAGACCAACGGAAUCGGCGCUAUCGACCUCCUCAUGGAAUUCGGCGCCGACAUAGACAUUGCAGACGCAGACGGAGUCAAGCCACGGGA